ACUUUUAAACUAUUUCCACUUCCUGUCGGCUAGUGCAAGUCAUUUCUGUAAUCAUAGUUUGAGAAAUAUUAUAAAUCCUGAGCAAUGACUGAGGUAAACGAUCUUAUUAAGCCUUUACUACCGAAGAUCGAAAAGGUCGUCGUGCACCCGUUGGUUUUAUUAAGUGUUGUCGAUCAUUUUAAUCGAAUGCACAAAAUCGGCCACUCCAGACGAGUUGUUGGUGUAUUAUUAGGUUCUCAAAAAGGAACUUCUCUGGAUAUUUCAAACAGUUUUGCAGUGCCUUACGAUGAAGAUGACAAGGAUAAAUCAGUAUGGUUUUUGGAUCACGAUUACUUGGAAAAUAUGUAUGGAAUGUUCAAAAAAGUCAAUGCUCGGGAAAAGAUAGUUGGAUGGUAUCAUACUGGACCCAAAUUAUACAAUAAUGAUAUCGAUAUUAAUGAAUUAUUCCGCAAAUAUAAUCCAAAUUCUGUGCUUGUGAUUAUUGAGGCCGAACCUAAAGAUUUAGGUCUUCCAACCGAUGCCUAUGUUGCUGUGGAAGAAGUUCAUGACGACGGUACACCUACCACCAAAACAUUCGAUCAUCUACCAAGCGAAAUGGGUGCUGAAGAAGCCGAAGAAGUGGGCGUAGAACACUUGUUGAGAGACAUUAAGGAUACAACUGUUGGAUCUCUGUCCCAAAGGGUUACAUCGCAAUUAAUAGGAUUGAAAGGUCUACACUCUCAAUUAGAGGAUAUUUGUAAAUAUAUGAGAAUGGUAGCUGAUGAAAAAUUACCUAUAAAUCACCAAAUUGUUUACCUGAUGCAAGACGCUUUUAAUCUCCUUCCGGAUGUUGUAGCUCCCAAUUUUGUCAAAUCAAUGCAUGUCCGAACAAAUGAUCAAAUGCUGGUUUUGUACCUUUCUGGUUUGAUAAGAGCCAUCAUUUCCUUACAUAACCUUAUAAAUAAUAAAAUUAGCAAUAAAGAAGCCGAAAGAAGUGACUCGAGGCAAGAAAAGAAGGAUAAAGAGGAAGAGAAGAAAAAAGAGAAAGACGAUGGAAAAACAGCGACGAAAAAACCUGCCAAAGCUUAA